CAGACUGAGGUGGCCAGUUUGUUCUUUCUUUGUGUAUUUCCAACAUUUAUUUUUGGUCUGACAGAAGAGAGAAUGUUACUGCACCUCAGAUGCUGCUCCAGGAACAGUUUGAACCUGCAGGGUUUUCUGUGGAUUAUCUACUCCAGCUGUUGUUUCUUUUAUUCAGUCAAAGCUCAGAGCAUACCAACUGAAACGGUGAAACUAUGGGCCUCUGCCUUUGGUGAGGAUUUGAACGUCAUUGUAACAAAAUAUUCAGGCUCCUUAUUACUGCAGAAGAAAUACAAAGAUGUGGAAUCAAUCAUAAAGAUCAAAGAUGUAGAUGGCAUGGAGUUGGUGAAGAAUUUCGGAGCGACAAUGGAGCAGAUGUUGGGGAGGAAAGUUGAAGCUGUGAAGAGACUGGUUGAUGCUGCUGAGGAUGCUGAUCUGUACCACGAGUUUAAUGCAGAGUUGGGGUUUGAUUACUACAAUUCUGUGCUGAUCAACGAGAAGGAUAGCAACGGGAAUUACGUGAUGCUUGGAAACAAGUUUAUUUUAGAAGAAAAUGAGCAUUUUAACAAUUUGCCUGUGAACACUUCACUGAGUAAUAUUCAAGUUCCAACGAAUGUGUAUAAUGAAGAUCCAAACAUUGUGAACGGAGCUUACUGGUCAGAGACUUUAAAUGAAAUCUUCAGUGACAACUUCAUGCAAGACCCAACACUCACCUGGCAAUAUUUUGGAAGUUCGACAGGUUUCUUCAGACUUUACCCAGGUAUAAAAUGGAUGCCAGAUGAAAAUGGAGUAAUUUCUUUUGACUGCAGGAACAGAGGCUGGUAUAUUCAAGCUGCAACUUCCCCAAAGGACAUCAUCAUACUGCUGGAUAUCAGUGGCAGUAUGAAAGGUCUUCGAAUGACGAUAGCCAAACACACAAUAACAUCAAUCCUGGACACACUGGGUGAAAAUGACUUUGUCAAUAUUGUUGCAUACAAUGAUUAUGUUCACUAUGUUGAGCCCUGCUUCAAAGGAACGCUAGUGCAGGCAGAUAGGGACAACCGAGAGCAUUUCAAGCAACUGGUUGGCGAUCUUCAUGCUAAAGGGACAGGAAUUGUAAAUAAGGGGCUCAUUGAAUCCUUCAGAAUUUUGAAUGAGUUUAAAGAGACAGGACAAGGCAGCCUGUGUAACCAGGCCAUCAUGCUGAUCACAGAUGGUGCAGUUGAGGAGUACGAACAAGUAUUUGAGAAAUACAACUGGCCUGACCGUAAGGUGCGGGUGUUUACCUAUCUGAUUGGCCGGGAGGUGACAUUUGCUGACUAUGUUAAAUGGAUAGCUUGUAACAAUAAAGGAUAUUACACUCACAUCUCAACCCUGGCUGACGUGCAGGAGAAUGUCAUGGAGUACCUUCAUGUGCUCAGCAGGCCAAUGGUCAUCAAUCACGAUCAUGACAUCAUCUGGACAGAAGCAUACAUGGACAGUGCUCUCUUUCAAACGGCUGCAGAAAGUUUGCUGCUCAUGACGACAGUCGCGAUGCCAGUCUUCAGCAAGAAGAAUGAAACCAGAGCUCAUGGGAUCCUGCUAGGAGUCGCAGGUUCAGAUGUCCCCCUGAGAGAGCUGCUAAAGUUAGCCCCGAGGUAUAAGCUUGGGAUCCAUGGUUAUGCAUUUCUCAAUACCAACAAUGGCUACAUACUUGCUCAUCCUGAUCUACGGCCCCUGUACAAAGACGGAGCAAAGUUGAAACCAAAGCCGAACUACAACAGUGUGGACAUUUUGGAUGUUGAGUGGGAAGACAAAGAUGAGUUUCUAAGGACAGCUUUGGUGAAUGGAGAGACCGGGAUGUUAUCGAUGGAUGUGAGAGUACCGGUUGACAAAGGGAAACGAGUCUUAUUUCUAACCAAUGACUAUUUCUACAUACACAUCGCUGACACACCUUUCAGUCUGUGUGUCGUUCUUUCCAGAGGACAUGGAGAAUAUAUAUUCGUGGGAAACGUAUCCGUGGAAGAAGGGUUGCACGAUUUACUCCAGCCUGAUGUGUCACUGGCAGACGAAUGGAUUUACUGUGUAACUGACAUUGAUCCAGACCAUCGCAAGCUGAGCCAACUCGAGGCUGUUACUCGCUACCUCACUGGAGAGGAUCCAGACUUGGACUGCGAUGAAGAACUAGUCCAGGAGGUUCUCUUUGAUGCCGUAGUGACUGCUCCACUUGAGGCUUACUGGACAGCAAUAGCCAUGAACACCUCUGAAACAAAUGAGGAUGGCAUUGAAAUGGCUUUCCUGGGCACUCGUGCAGGUCUGAUGCGAAAAAGCCUCUUUGUGGGAAAGGAGAAGCUCACCAACCAAAAAUUCUUGACAACUGGGGAUAAGGAGAAUAUUUUCACCUUGGACCACUUCCCCCUCUGGUUCCGAAGGGCUGCUGAGACCCCGGCUGGAAGUUUCCUCUACUAUUUACCCUUUGAGGAAGGCACAGGGAUGAAGAGCAGAAGUGAAACGGUAAUAGUCACCACGGCUGUGGUAGUCACUGUGAACAAAAAGAUGGCCAUUGCCGCAGCUGUGGGAGUGCAGAUUAAUUUUGCAGUACUGCGUCGGAAGUUUUGGACAGCAACUCAACAGCCCAACAAUACUGAUUGCAGCAACAUUGACGGACGAUGUCCCAUCAGCUGCCAGAACGAUGGCUUGAAUUGCUUCUUACUGGAUAACAACGGAUUUAUUCUGAUCUCCAAGAAAGAAGAGGAGACAGGCAUGUUUCUUGGAGAAGUUGAUGGAUCGAUCAUGACACAACUGGUGAACAUGGGAAUGUUCAAUGCGGUGAAGCUUUACGAUUAUCAGGCCAUGUGCAAAGUGAUCCAGCAUCACCACAGUGGGGCACAGCCCAUGCUCAGUCCCUUUUAUGCUUUCCUUUCUGCUACGAAGUGGCUUUUGAGCAACUUAUUCAUAUUUUUGAUUGAAUUCAACUUCUGUGGCCUAUGGGACUCAGACACGGUGGUGGAUGCCAAGUCUGUCUUCCAUUUUGGGCAGAAGCAUCGGAAACAGGAACUCUUUUACCCCUGCGAGACGGAGUACCUGGUAUACACCUACGAUCCCACCAUCAAAGAAACAAACGGAUUGAUUGAGUGCGGAGACUGUCAGAAGAUGUUUGUGGUGCAGCAGAUUGUAAACAGUAACUUGCUCAUGCUGGUGUCUGAUGCAAACUGUGACUGCAGCAUGUUUCCACCAGUCACAUUGGAACCAACAGAAGUGAAAUACAAUGCAUCAGUUAAGUGUGAACGAAUGCGCUCACAGAAGCUGAGGCGUCGACCCAACACGUGUCAUGCAUUUCAUCCAGAGGAGAAUGCAGAGGAGUGUGGAGGGUCAACAGGCAUCACUCUGUCUGGAGCACUGCUAGCUUUUAAUCUGGGCACCACUGCUGCUGUACUGCGAUGA